CCCGCCAGCCCCACCCUGGCCACGGAGGAGCCUCCCGCCAGCACCACCCUGGCCACGGAGGAGCCUCCCGCCAGCACCACCCUGGCCAUAGAGGAGCCUCCAGUCCCACCCUGGCGACUGAGGAGCCUCCCGCCAGCCCCACUCUGGUGACUGAGAAGCCUCCUGCCAGCCCCACCCUGGCCAUGAAGGAGCCUCCUGCCAGCCCAGAGCAGGAGUUGAGUGACUGCACGACAAACACCAGCAGCUCCGCAUACUCCUGCAGGGCCAGCAGCUCCUCCGUGGGGUCUGGCAGCCCUGUCUUUGAAGGCUCCCUCUUUGGAGACACCCCCAGUGCCCAAGUGUCGUGGCCUGAGGAGGAGGAAGAGGAGGAGUGUGAGGAGGAGGAGCAGGAUUUGUGCCCUGAGGAAGAUACCAUCUUGGUGAUCCAGCAGCACCUCUAGGGCAGAGCUGAGGCUCUGCACAACCGCUAUUCGCAAAGUCUGGACACCAUCCUCAGGGACCGGCUAACAGAGACCCCCCCAUGGAGAAGCUGCAGCACCUCCUGGAGCAUGUCCAUCCCUCUCUCCUGUCAAACAACACCCAGGAGAGAGCCAGGGCCGUACAGACCAGCGCGGCCCUGCUCCAGUUUGCCACCUCCCUGCCUGGAUUUGACACCUCCUCCACCUUCUCCAAGGCAGGUGAAUUCGUGGUGCAGCUGGGUCUCUGUGUAUCCCACCCAGCCAGUGACAUCAGUCGGCAAGCCAGGGGUGGGAUCUAUUGUCUGCACAGGCUCCUGCUCCAGAAGAGGGGGCUCAACACCAGAGAGGCACCAGACCUGUGGUGCCGGGACGGGCUCCAUGACCCUGAGCGCCUGGGGUAUAGAAACCUGGCCAGGGUGAGAGAGGUCUUUGGCGAGCUCUUCACGGAGGAGCAGAAAAUAUCUUUCCUCCAGGCGGGGCUGCUGGCCAUCCACCACCACCUCCUCCAUGUCAGCCAGGCUGGCCUGGUGCUGACCUAUUCCAUCUUGGGGGAAGCCGGACAGCUGCUAGAGGACAAGGGUCUUGGGCCAGGUGCCCGAAGACCUGCAGGGGCUGUGCUCCGUGGGGCAGCAUUGAAGACCCCCCCUCUUUGCGUGACCAGCUCCCACACCCUGCCGCAGCCUCGCUCCAGGCCCUCCACCCACCUGCUCCAGCACUGCCUCCUCCUCCUCCUGAUCUUCCCCAACCCCUCCGAUUUCGACUACAUGGCUUCGACCUUUGCGUGGAUAUGGACUUUGGCUCGUACUUCUGACCACCCGGCUUCGACCUCUGGCCUGGACAUGGACACUGGCUCCGGUUCUGCCUGGACAUACUCAGCACCCGGCAGCAGUAGACAGGCCCCACCAUUAAUCAAACCCUAACCCCGCCCCAUGACACCUUAGUCCCUCCCACCUGUCACCGGAAGUCCCGCCCCAUGCGGGUAUUACUUCGUGGUCAAGGCGGCCACAUGACUGGAAGCCAGGUG